UGGAAAGCUCAGUACGCCUCCGGACACCGAGGUGGACGGACGUCUUCAUAGUAUUGUUAUACAUAUCUUUAUGUUGAGAUGUCCUGAACAUUAUAAUUAGGUACCAUGGGCGCGGCAUCAGACGGGUUCGCGGGCUGGCGCGGCCGCAUCGCCGCGAUGCGCGAGUCCCGCAAGUUGGUCCUCGUGAUCGUGGCUAUUGCUCUCCUGCUGGAUAACAUGCUGCUGACUACUGUUGUGCCCAUCAUCCCGGAGUUCCUAUACGACAUACAACACCCGGACGCACCCCUCUCCGUGGCUAUCGAGGACCUGACCACCCCCCCGCCAGCGCCGACCCCCUACUGUCCCUGCAUGAACAUUACUGGCUUGCCGAUUGAAAAUGUUACUCAUGUUAACAUCACGGCUGAAAAGGAAGUUCGUCAUCAAGAACUGAUCCAUGAGACGGUGGCUGUCGGAGUGAUGUUUGCGAGCAAAGCCAUAGUGCAGCUCAUAGCUAACCCCUUCGUUGGUCCACUGACACAUAAGAUCGGCUACAGCGUACCAAUGUUCACCGGUUUUAUUCUGAUGUUCCUCUCAACGAUAAUAUUCGCGUUCGGUAGAUCGUACAGCGUACUCUUCAUAGCCAGAGCACUCCAAGGUAUUGGGUCGUCUUGUUCUUCCGUAUCUGGCAUGGGCAUGCUGGCAGAGAGAUAUCCGGAUGAUAAGGAACGUGGUAACGCGAUGGGUAUAGCGCUCGGAGGGCUAGCACUGGGGGUCCUCAUCGGUCCUCCCUUUGGAGGCCUGAUGUAUGAGUUCGUGGGAAAAACUGCACCUUUCUUGAUGCUGUCUGCUCUCGCUCUGGGUGAUGGAUUACUGCAGCUCAUGAUUCUCCAGCCUGGAGUCGUACGACAGGAGAGUGAACCACCAUCUCUAAAGGCUCUUGUCACGGACCCUUACAUCCUUGUUGCUGCUGGCGCAAUAACAUUCGCAAACGUGGGUAUAGCGAUGCUGGAGCCCAGCCUGCCCAUCUGGAUGGCGGACACGAUGGAGGCGCGUCGCUGGCAGCAGGGCGUCGCCUUCCUGCCCGCUAGUAUAUGCUAUCUCAUCGGAACAAAUCUAUUCGGACCUCUUGGACACAAAAUGGGACGCUGGCUGGCUGCUUGCUCAGGACUCAUCAUUAUUGGUCUUUGCCUUAUAUUGAUCCCAAUGGCACGCAAGCUAGAACACCUGAUAAUCCCGAACGCUGGUCUCGGCUUCGCUAUAGGCAUGGUUGAUUCGUCCAUGAUGCCAGAACUUGGCUUCCUUGUCGACAUCCGCCAUGCUGCAGUGUACGGUUCAGUGUAUGCGAUUGGAGAUACUGCUUUCUGUUUAGGAUAUGCUGUCGGCCCAGCGUUUUCUGGAGCACUAGUGAACAGCAUUGGCUUUGAAUGGAUGCUAGUCAUCAUUGCCAUACUGAACUUUGCGUAUGCACCACUUUUAGUGUUGCUACGCUCGCCACCGGCUAGAGACGAAAAACAGAGUCUUAUAAUUAGCGACAAAUCAUCGGUUCGCUACGUGAGCUACCAAAACGAAGAAGACGAAUAAACCGCCAUCUUACCGCCGCCAUUUUGUCACCCGCCCGAUUUAUUUUUAAUCUAUUUAUAAGAGGUAUGAACGUUGCUUACUAGAUUUAAUCUGUGGUAAAUAAAUAUAUUCAUAUUUAGUAGACGUCGAAGCGUUUUUGCGUGUUUAUAUUAAAUAUAUUAUUAACUAUAUUGUAGUAAAUAUAUACGAACAAUAAUAUUUAACAGUAGCGUUUUGAAAUAUAUUUCUCUAGACAUGUUUAAUGAAAAUUUAUGUAGAUUUUAUGACCAAUUUUCUGAAUGUUACUUCAAAUUUUGGCUGCAAAAUCGUUUACUAUUUUGUAUAACUAUAUUAGGCAUAGAUAAUAAUGUUAAGUGACUUUUUGUAGCCCCAUUAUUUAUAAUCUGUAUACGUUUUAAUUUUGCAUUUGUGACUUUGACAAUAUAGUUUUUUAAUUUACAUUUUAAAGACAAUAAAUAUAAUUUUUAUAUGUAUUAUUAAGCUUGCCACCAGAUUUGCCACUUGUUAAUUUUGCACUAAGAGCUAGCGCGCAAGAGCAACUUUUGUCUCCGCAACUAUU